AUGUCCUCACAAGAGCCUCCCAAAGACACUGAUGCCGAAUUGGAUGCCUUCAGACGACAAUGGCGUGCAGAAGUAGAAUCACGGAACAAGCAAAACACAUCAGCACAACCUAAUCCGACCCGCCAUCACAAGGCCCCUCAUCCCUCGUCCUCUGCCCCGAAGCCUAAGCCGCAACAACAUAAGCAUGAUGAACACGACGAUGAAGAAGAGGUCCAUUCUCAAGUAUACUAUGACUUGCCGGACAAAGAAGCAGAGUUGCGUCUUGACGCCCACGAACAAGCCAUUGCGAGGGGUGCUUUGACAAAAGAACCAAAAUCCGCCCUGGAACACUAUGAAAAGGCUGUCGAGAAAGAGACCAUGGGAAGUCUAGGCGACAGCGUUGCUCUCUACCGAAAAGCUUUCAAGAUGGAUGACAGCGUGCAUGAAAAGUACAAGAACAAGCACUUUCCUCCUUCGGCCUUCCCACCAAAGCCAAAAGCCCCUGUGCAACAAACAAACCCUUCCAAUGCUUCACAGACUGUCUCCGGCACUGCUCAUCACUCGUCCCACGGCAUACCACCAACUCUGUCCGAAUUGGUGGAUCAAUUCUCUCAUCUCUCUAUUCCUGGCGCACCAGCUCCCACAGAUCUUGAUCCACCACCGCCAUGUCCCAUUGCAGAGCUACCAGGCGAAAUUCUGUCAGAGAUCUUGACCUACGCUGCCGUCAAUGAUCUGGCUUCUCUCGCCAAAGUCUCUCUUGUCUGCAAAAGAUUCGCAUACAUUGUCAUGACAGACGAAUCCAUCUGGAAGCGCGUCGCCCAAGGUCCAGAGUUUGGUUUCGGAGGCAUGCAUUACAACUAUGUAUGCAAUCUAAAAGGCGAACCGCUUGAGCCGGAACUUGACGAUGACACGGCCUACUUUUCUGAAGGACAAGAUCAAGACUCGGAUGCAGAAACUCAACUCACAGCGCCUCGUCGUCCUUCUAAAACCACUCCAGAGAUUGAUAACGCAUUACUACAUUCUCUGUAUUCCUCUUCAUGGCGCGAAAUGUUCCGCAAGCGUCCCCGUCUCCGAUUCAAUGGCUGCUACAUAAGUACGGUAAAUUACCAACGCCCUGGUGCGACAAACACUUCCUCGUCGACUUGGGGUACGCCUAUCCUCAUUGUAACAUACUUCCGCUACCUACGCUUCUUCCGCGACGGCACUUGCAUUUCGCUACUCACCACAACCGAACCAAUAGAUGUCGUCCACCAUCUAACCAAGGAAAACAUGCGAUCAUAUGCCGCUGGUUCGCUUCUACCCAACAGCGUCAUGAAAGAUGCUCUACGUGGGCGCUGGCGCCUGAGCGGUCCAGGCAACGAUCCUGCCUCUGAAGUAGAAGGAGAUGUACACAUAGAGACUGAUGGUGUGAUCCCAAAGUAUAUGUGGAAAAUGCAAUUCGGCCUUGGAUCCAGAGGCAAGAAGAGUGCAGGAGGCAAUAAGUUGUCAUGGAAGGGAUUUUGGAGUUACAACCGUCUGACUGAUGACUGGGGUGAGUUUGGCCUGAAGAAUGACAAGGCUUUCUUGUUUAGUCGGGUCAGAGGGUAUGGCAUGGGAUACUAG